AUGUUACCGCUCGCGAUACCUCCGAAUAAUAUAGUGCGAGCAAUGUCGUCUCCCAAUGCUACCGGUCCACUCAUGCGGACCUCUAAGGCAAUUAUAACCAGUAACUACACUCUGCUAACUGAUAAGACUCCUUACCUGCUUCCCGUAUGUUUUAAUGAGAGUUGCAGGGCCGAACAAGUGAGAAUGCUCUAUCGUCGCUUCUUCCGGCUUCGACCUUUGGUAGCCCAGCGUGCAAUGAUAAAAGAGAGCUAUACGAAUUAUAUUAGGGUGAAGUUUAGUGAGGAUUAUGCAUUAAAACGCCGGCAAGCGUUGCCGCAGAAUACGUGCCCGGUACUAGAUGCCAUAGAGGCUGGCCGUCGGUCGCUGACCUUUAUCCUGAAGGCUGUAUCUGAGAUAGAGGAUGCAGACAGCAAUCCGGAACUUGCAUACGACAACUAUAUAUGUCGGAAGAUUCUGAAGAACGUACUUACUCUGGAAUACCAGCGGGAGCGCCUUGAGUUCAAAAAUCCCAAAAGGAAGCAGAUACUACGCCAAAACUACGAAUACUUAGACGCCAAGUAUCAUGAUCCUAAAUAUACAUCAUUAAGGAAUGCUGACGUAUCCAUUAUACAUUUUAAUGAGACAUUGGGAACUAGGCUAUAA